AUGUUUUCGAAUGCGCUAAAGUCAUUCAGCUCCAAUAUCUCUGCCAACUAUCAGAUCUCCCCUCAUGCCACCAUCUAUUCGGGUCCUUGGAAAAUCCACGAUGCCAAGAAGAAAUCUACCGGCACCCCCGCCUCCGUCUUUAUCUUCGAUCGCAAGACCCUCGACCCACGAUCCGGUGGGUUUGCCUCUCGUUCGGGCUCCGGUACAAAAAAGAUCCAAGACGAUGUGAUCGAACGACUCAAGCGGGAAGCUGGGAAUCUUGCCAAAUUGAGACACCCGUCUAUCCUUCAGGUGCUGGAGCCAGUCGAAGAAACCCGCGGCGGUGGUCUUAUGUUUGCGACUGAGCAUCUGACCGCCUCAUUGUCGGGUCUCCUCUUGGAUAAGAACGAGCAGGAGGGCGCAUCCGGUGGUGGCUCGCGGGCGGGUCGUUACAUGGUGGAAAGUCCUGAUGGUACUCGCAGGCGGCGCGAAUUUGAAAUCGAUGAGUUGGAAAUCCAAAAGGGGUUGCUCCAGGUCGCCAAGGGUCUAGAGUUCCUCCACGAAUCCGCUGGCCUGGUUCAUGGUAAUCUCAACCCGGAUGCCAUUUACAUCAAUGCCAAGUCAGAUUGGAAGAUCUCCGGUCUUGGAUUUGCCGGACCCCCCAGACUCCUCAGAGACUCCCUCAUCACUACCGCCGCUCGCCGUCUCCGAGCCUCCGUCCAACUCAAUAUGGACUUCACCUCCCCAGACUUUGCCUUGGAUUCCAACGUGUCGUCCGCCGCUGAUUUAUUUUCCCUGGGUCUCAUCGUUAUUGCUCUCUACAAUUCGCCUCAUGUCUCUCCGCUAGAAACACACAUGAAUCUAUCGACAUAUAAAAAGCUCCUUAGCUCCCCUUCAACAACACCAUCUCAAAGCAACAAUUUCCUUUGCUCGAACCCCAUUCCGCGAGACGUUCUAUCUCAAGUCCUUCCCCGCCUCAUCACUCGGAGACCGGCUCAGCGCAUGAAUGCCCGCGAGUUUCAACAAUCCCAAUACUUCGACAAUGUUUUGGUGUCAACCAUCCGAUUUUUGGAGUCAUUGCCCGCCAAGAAUCCGAAUGAAAAGUCCCAAUUCUUGAGAGGGCUUCAACGGGUCCUGGCCGACUUUCCCGUCUCGGUCUUGGAAAGAAAGCUCCUUGGGUGCCUGUUGGAUGAAAUGAAGGAUCGUGAACUGCUUGCCCUGCUGCUACAGAACGUUUUUGGUAUUCUCAAACGCAUCCCCAACGGGCGUCGCACUUUCCCUGAGAAAAUCAUUCCCCGUUUGAAGGAGGUCUUUGGAACCGGCCCGGGAAAAGCGGCAGGCCCGGAGCGCGACUCCAAGAAGGAUGCAGGGCUCAUGGUCGUUCUGGAGAACAUGAAGCUUGUCACAGAAAAUUGCUCCGGCCUGGAAUUCAAGGAUGAUAUCCUGCCAUUAAUACGGCUUGCAUUGGACUCGCCCACCCAUUCCCUGGUAGAUGCUUCUAUCAAGUGUCUCCCUGUCUUUCUGCCCACACUCGACUUCAGCACCGUCAAAAAUGAAGUUUUCCCGCCUAUCGCAAGCACCUUCAGCAAAACGAGCAGUCUAGCUAUCAAAGUUCGCAGCCUAGAGGCUUUCGCUGUCCUGUGCGGUGGAUCACCGGAUGAAGCGGAUGGGCUUGAUGAUCUGUCUGGCGUUGUCCAGCCCACCAAGACUGCCAAAUCAUCCAUCCUGGACAAGUACACCAUCCAGGAAAAGCUUGUUCCUUCCCUCAAGGCCAUCAAGACAAAAGAACCUUCAGUCAUGAUGGCAGCUCUCAAGGUGUUCCGUGAAGUUGGAAAGGUUGCCGACACGGAGUUUCUCGCUUUGGAAGUCCUUCCCGUCCUCUGGAGCUUCAGUCUUGGUCCUUUGUUGAACUUGAACCAAUUCAACCAGUUCAUGACUCUGAUCAAAUCUCUAUCGACCAAAAUUGAGAAGGAACAAACACGGAAGCUCCAGGAGCUUUCGUCGGGUGGAGACUCUGGGGGUUUUCAGAACGGUGCCAACGGUUUCUCGCAGUCUGCCACCGACCUUACGUCUCCCGAUGGGGACAGUGCCAAAAGCAACUUCGAACGUCUUGUUCUUACGAACAAAAAGCCGUCGUCAAAUGGAAAGGACGCUGACCUUUGGGGGAGCAUGGAACCAGAACCAGCCACCAAACGACCCAGCAUGUCACCUGCAUUCUCAUGGUCCACGAACAACUCCCCUGGCCAUGGGGCAUCGAACCAGCUGGGCUUUCGAUCCAUCACCCCCGAUCAGAAGUUAAACACAAUUCCUUCACUCGAGCCUGGGCGGCAAACAUCACCCCCAAUGGCAAAUUCACCAUUUUCAUCCAUGCAACCUAUGCAACCCAUGCAGCCAUCUCAGUCCUGGAAUAUCCAAAAUCAGGCUGUGAAUAGACCUGGCUCUCUGGCUUCUUCAUCCGGCAUGUCUAACGGAACACCAAUGCCCCAACCGGCCUUACAACAGCAGUCCCCAAACUACUCCUCAUUCUCCAUACCACCCCCACCGACCAACAUGGGCAUCACAAGCCCGACCAAUUCGAUCAGGAAAACCUCGCUCAAUAUGAACAUGAACAUGAACAUGAACACGACUACACAACCGCCGCCGCCGCAGCAACGGAAAUCGGGACUUGACAAAUAUGAAAGUCUACUAUGA